AUGGAAACAAGAUAUUCCAGCAUCAAAAUUGAAACGAAGCAAGCCGAAGCAAUUGCUAAGGAACGCUACGGGAUUGAGGGAACGGCAGUAUUCAUGCCGGGAGAAUUGGAUUUUAACUUCAAGAUUCAAACAGAGAAUGAGGCGUAUCUCUUGAAAGUCGGUCGUCCUGAACUCGAAAUGGAUUAUGUGGAGUUUCAAACCGCGCUACUUCGCCAUGCAGAAGCUGGUUUAGGCGAGGCCUCUCCUAAGACAUUUACAGACGUAGAUGGAAAUCACAUUUCGAAGAUUACCGAUGAACACGGUGAAGAGCGUAUCGUUCGUUUACUCUCCUGGAUCGAUGGUCGACUUUGGUCAUCGGUGAAUCCAAUUUCAGGAAGAUUGUUGACCAAUCUUGGUAAAAAAGCGGGAGAACUCACUAAAACCCUGGAUUCAUUCGAUCACCCUUAUGCCGGACGCUACCUUGAGUGGGAUAUUGCCAAUGCUCUAUGGUGUAAGGAGAAGCUGGAAUUAUUUGAAGGGGAGGAGAAGAGAAUUCUUACAGAGUUUUUGGAGCGUUUCGAGAAAAUUCAGGGACCGUAUCAACUAUUGAGAAAGAGUGUUGUUCACAGCGAUGUAAAUGACAACAAUAUUGUGGUUUCCGAAGACUUGGCGAAUCCAACCGUGCAAUCGAUUAUUGAUUUUGGAGAUGCCGUUCGAACGCAAACAAUCAACGAUGUCGCGAUAGCAUUGGCCUACGCAAUGAUGCAUCAACACGAUCCUUUAGAAGCGGCCACAGCCUUUGUGAAAGGAUAUUCGUCAGCAAUUCAACUGCGCGAAGAUGAGCUGGAGAUGCUACACACAUUAACUGCGAUGCGUUUAACCAUCACGGUGACGAAAGCAGCGAUGAAUAAGAUUGCAGAACCUGAGAACGAAUACCAUCAG